UUUCGAUUCAAUUGCGACAUCUAUACUCGUCCCGUUUCGUUGUGUCAAUUGUCCUUAUCUAAGCAUUUUGUGGAGCUUGAGAUCCUUCAAGAGUUGCGUGAUGGAUCUUUGCCCUGGAGGUGGAGAUGUAAAUAUGGGUAGGUGCCUGGGUUGGUCAGUAUUUGUAUUUUCGCUACAGUAAAGAGAGGAGUAGUAGUUGACAAUCAUGGAUGUCAAAACUGUUGCUAUUGUAGGUGCGGGUGUUAGUGGCGUUUCCUCUGCUGUUCAUCUCAAGAAUGCUGGGUUGGAUGUCACGGUGUUUGAGCGUGGGGACGUCGCUGGAGGUGUUUGGGUGUACAACGAUCGUACAGCGAUAGAACCUUCAUAUCCAUCCACGAUACCUUCGACUGGAGACUCGCCGGCUUUCGACUCUUUACUCAAGAUCAGCAACCGGGGGGAAAGAAGAGAUAGUCCAGUUGAUCAUGAAUCAAUUGACGCGACGAAAAAAACCGGCAAGGAUGAUUUGAACAUUCUCCAUGCACCGCCAGGACCUUGCUAUCAAGGUCUUCACAACAACGUCUCGACACCAGAAAUGAAGCUUCGCAUUCACGGUUGGAAACCGAAUACUCCCGAUUUUGUCCCCCAUGACGUCUUGGCGAAUUAUAUCCAAGACACAGCCGCUGCGAAUGAUAUACUCCCCAGCAUCUCUUUUCGAACACGGGUCAACAAGAUAGAGAAGAAAGAUACGAAAUGGGAGGUCAAUGUGUCUAGACUCGUCAAUGGCGAAAUUGAGACGUCAAGUCAGCAUUUCGACGCCGUGAUAGUAGCAAGUGGACAUUACCAUGCUCCCAAUAUUCCAGAUUACCCUGGUGUCUCAUCUUGGAAAACCGCUUUCCCUUCCCGGAUAAGCCACUCCAAGGUCUAUCGCUCACCUGCCUCUUUCGCCGGACAGAAUGUCCUCGUCAUCGGCGCUGGGGUCUCAAGUACAGAUAUUUGUCGCGAACUAGGCCCUGUCGCGAACAAGGUGUUCCAAUCAAGUCGAGGAGGAGAAUACGAUCUACUCCCAUCCAUGUUACCGGAGAAUUGCACACGCAUUGGCGCAAUAAGGUCUUUCUCCUCCCUCGCCUCUCCAGAUCUCGAAGAUGGAGAUGCAUUACCAGGCACCAUCACUCUUUCUACCGGCGAGCAACUCACCAACAUCCACCAUGUCAUCCUAGCAACAGGCUACCACAUGUCCUACCCUUUUCUCUCCCUCCUCCACUUCGACGAUCUCUUACCUCAUCAAGCGUCGGAGACCGCUCUCGUCACAACAGGGCAGAUUACGCAUAACCUGCACAAAGAUGUUUUCUAUAUCCCUGAUCCGACCUUGGCGUUUAUAGGUGUCCCCUACCAUGUAGCAACGUUUUCAUGCUUUGAAUUCCAAGCGAUGGCGGUGGCUGCAGUAUUUUCUGGUUCUGCGAGAUUGCCGGUGGAAAGAAGUAUGAGGAAGGAGUAUGUUGAAAGGGUCAAGAGAAAAGGGGUGGGAAGGGGUUUGCACUCUUUGAAGGAUGAUGAAGGCGAAGUCAAGUAUGUGAGGGAGAUGAUGGAGAUUGUGAAUCAAGGGAGAACUGAGGCGGAUAAGGUGGAAGGACAUACGCAAGAGUGGUUUAGAGCGUAUGAGAAGAGGCUGUUGAGGAUGAAGCAGACCAGAGGGGCCAAAGAAGAGAAGGAAGGAGCGGAAGAGGCGCAGGAAGGAGGUGUGGGACCGCUGGAACAAGUGUAGGGGAUCUAGAAAUCUCUUGUCCGCAAUUUAACCCCUCGCAACAAAGAUGAUAACAGACUCUUUUACAGGUUCACUUCUUCUUGGCGAGUCUAACACGCCAUUGUAUUGUCGCUGAUAGUCUUGUUGCUGAUAGUAUUUUUGCUGUUAGCAUUGUCGCUGUCGCUCCGCGUGCAAUUCCCGCUGUUCGACAUGUCCGGGAGGGUUGGAAACGACAAAUUUGCAUGAGAAUAGACGUUUUGGGACGAUAUGUUCAAUGGCGUCGUACAUGGACCGCCAUGAUAUAUGUGAAACUGAGAACAUCCCCGUCUCUCGUUGGCCUGAUAGUACUGAGUCGAAGUAAUG